GGUAUCCAAGCGCAAAUAGAAGGUUGUAAAAGGAACAGAGAGGUUUUCGAUACAUUAGCAGCUGGAAUGACAGAUGAAGGCUACGUUCGUACGGGUGUUCAAUGCAGAGAUAAAAUAAAGAAACUAAAAGCGGAUUAUAGAAAAAUCAAGGAUAACAAUAACGAAACUGGACGACAACGCCGUUCUACGAGAAUUUUUGAAGCCAUGAACGAAAUUCUUGGCUGCAGACCUGCCACUCAUCCUCCUGUCUUGUUGGAUACUCUUGAAGAAGAACUACACGUAGACGUCGAGGAGGAAACUCUCAGUCGGUCAACAACAGAACCAUCUACGCCAGCAAGUGCUCCAGGAGAUGUUACAGCUGAGCUACCUAGUCGUGAAGAAAUUGAGGUGGGCAGCUCACAGUCUCAGAGUUUCCAUGUGCAGAACACAACUACUAAAAAGAAAGGACUGAAACGGCGUUACGAGGAUUGUAAAGCAAAAAGGCGUGAUGCAAAAAUGAAAGACAUGACUGACACGAUGAUGAAAACAAUAAAGGAGGUGAAGGAGGCGGAUUCAUCACUGUUGAUUGAGUUGGAGGAAAAGAGGAUGAAGUACGAGGACCAAAGACUAAAUGAGGAGAGAAUACGAGGAACGAAGAAGAAUGCAAGAGAUGGAAUACGAAGAUAGAAGGAGAAGGGAAGAAAGAGCGUUUCAACUGCAAAUGAUGCAGUUGUUGAUGGGUGCAGGAAAUCGAUCUCAAACACCUUAUUUCUCAUUCUCACGUAAGCUUCAUGAUGAUGGAUUCCCAGAUCAAAAUCAACCAAACUGAACUAGUCAGUAGUUUAGCUAUAACGAAUAGUUGACACUGUAAACAUGUUCUGAGUAGGUCUGUCAUUGUGAUUUACAAAACUUCUGAC